GCUCGAUACACUCGCGCUAUACGAUCGACACUGACGUCGAUCAAUCAACACUCUAUGGUCAUUACAGAAUACUAGUAAGCUCAGUACUAGUCCGGCGAGCGAGUUCCGCACCGCCCGACGUCGACUCGGAGCAUGUCGCACACAUGAAAACACUGUCAAAGUUGUGGUUUACAACACGCUCGUCGGCUGCGUUGGCACGCGGGGCACUGGCCCUGUGUGCUCGUGGUCGGCGUGUUGCGCACGCCCCGGCCCUGCUCACCGUCGUCGCUGUCUCCCAUCCUGAGCUCGCCGAGUCGCGCGCGUCCACCGUGAUUGCGCGCUGGGAUAUUCGUCCAGUACGCUCGCAGUGGACGUGUGUGUCGUCCCCCCGCUUGUGUGCCCGCUGACCCGCUUGCCCACUCGCACGUGUGCCCACUCGUCCGCCUGCUCACCCGCCUGUCAACCCAUCUGCCUGUCUGCUCAC